CGCCCUCGGGCCUCAGGACGGGACGGGGCGGAGGCGGGAGGCGGAGGGAGGAAGGGGUACCAGCAGCGGGCGGGAUCCUGCGAGGCGCGUGAAGCCUCGCUGGCGCCUCGUCUACGACUGGAACGCUGGCGGGCGCGGAGUUUCUCACGGCCGGCCGGGCCCGCCUCUGCUGACUACAUCUCAGAAACAAUCAGCUUUUCUCGAUGGACCCAUUCAUCAAAUGAAAUAUGCCUGUACUAUUUUAAAAAGCUUUGUACUUCAUAAUGGAAAUAUUUACCCACCUUAAAAAUGAAAAUGAGGACAUUUGAGAAGGUGAUUUAAGGUGUGGACAUUUGAGAAAGUACCCCAUCAAAUCAGUGAACCAAAGGAUAAGUACUGAAUAGAUUAAUCCUAAACACCUAUUUUUUUUUUAACUGGGAGGAUUUCAUCCUAACAGAAAAACAACUUUUAUUCAGUAUGUAUUUUCUGAAAUUAAAAGAGAGAGACAAGAAUAAAACUUAAAAGGAAACAGAUGAAGAAGUUUAGAAAGUAAGCAAUGUCAACUCUUUUCUGAUGAGGAUAAUUCAAUGAUGUUAUAUCCUUUCCAAAUCCCUGGUUGUGGUCCUAAAGCCAAGACUCUUUUUUGAUGGGACUGAUAAUAAAGGAAGUAGGACCUUUUGUGAAUUCAUUUCACAGUUGUAGAUCUUGCAGUCAUCAGCAUGAGUAGCUUAAAAGAGGAAAUAAGUUUUCAAUUAAAUCUAAAAGUACAGUCAUUCUUUUCCUGCUGAGAUUUUAAAAGCCUCUUCAUAACCAUUGAAAAAGAAUUGACAACUAUUUUAAAAGAUUAAAGAAAGGCAGAUGUCUGCAAAUAAUUCCCCUCCAUCAGCCCAGAAGUCUGUAUUACCUGCAACUCUACCUACUGUGCUUCCAGCUCCUUCUUCAAGUUCAAGUCCUAAGACGGGACUCUCCGCCCGACUCUCUAAUGGAAGCUUCAGUGCACCUUCGCUCACCAACUCCAGAGGUUCAGUGCAUACAGUUUCAUUUCUACUGCAGAUUGGCCUUACACGGGAGAGUGUUACCAUCGAAGCUCAGGAACUCUCUUUAUCUGCUGUCAAGGAUCUUGUGUGCUCCAUUGUUUAUCAGAAGUUUCCAGAGUGUGGAUUCUUUGGCAUGUAUGACAAAAUUCUCCUCUUUCGCCAUGACAUGAACUCAGAAAAUAUUUUGCAGCUGAUUACCUCAGCAGAUGAAAUACAUGAAGGAGACCUAGUAGAAGUUGUUCUUUCAGCUUUGGCCACAGUAGAAGAUUUCCAGAUUCGUCCACAUACGCUCUAUGUACAUUCUUACAAAGCUCCUACUUUCUGUGACUAUUGUGGUGAGAUGCUCUGGGGACUGGUACGUCAGGGACUGAAAUGUGAAGGCUGUGGAUUAAAUUAUCAUAAACGAUGUGCCUUCAAGAUUCCAAAUAACUGCAGUGGAGUAAGAAAGAGGCGUCUGUCAAAUGUGUCUCUGCCAGGACCUGGUCUCUCAGUCCCAAGACCCCUGCAAACUGAAUAUGUGGCUCUUCCCACCGAAGAGUCACAUGUUCACCAAGAACCAAGUAAGAGAAUUCCCUCUUGGAGUGGCCGCCCGAUCUGGAUGGAGAAGAUGGUGAUGUGCAGAGUCAAAGUUCCGCACACGUUUGCGGUUCACUCCUACACCCGUCCCACGAUAUGUCAGUACUGCAAGCGGUUACUGAAAGGCCUCUUUCGCCAAGGAAUGCAGUGUAAAGAUUGCAAAUUCAACUGCCAUAAACGCUGUGCAUCGAAAGUACCAAGAGACUGCCUUGGAGAGGUUACUUUCAAUGGAGAACCUUCCAGUCUGGGAACAGAUACAGACAUGCCAAUGGAUAUUGACAGUAGUGACAUGAACAGUGAUGGUAGCAGGGGCUUGGAUGACACAGAAGAACCAUCUCCCCCAGAAGAUAAAAUGUUCUUCCUGGAUCCAUCAGAUCUUGAUGUGGAAAGAGAUGAAGAAGCUGUUAAAACAAUCAGUCCUUCCACAAGCAAUAAUAUUCCACUGAUGAGGGUCGUACAGUCCAUCAAGCACACAAAGAGGAAGAGCAGCACUAUGGUGAAGGAAGGAUGGAUGGUCCAUUACACCAGCAGGGACACCUUGAGAAAGAGGCAUUAUUGGAGACUUGACAGCAAAUGUCUAACAUUGUUUCAAAACGAAUCUGGAUCAAAGUAUUACAAGGAAAUUCCACUUUCAGAAAUUCUCCGCAUAUCCUCGCCACAAGAUCUCACAAACAUUUCACAAGGCAGCAACCCGCACUGUUUUGAAAUCAUCACUGAUACUAUGGUAUACUUUGUUGGUGAGAACAUUGGAGAUAGCUCUCACAAUCCUGUUCUUGCUGCCACUGGAGUUGGACUUGACGUAGCACAGAGCUGGGAAAAAGCAAUUCGCCAGGCUCUCAUGCCUGUUACCCCUCAAGCCAGUGUCUGCACUUCUCCAGGGCAAGGGAAAGAUCACAAAGAUUUGUCUACCAGUAUCUCUGUAUCUAAUUGUCAGAUCCAGGAGAAUGUGGACAUCAGUACUGUUUACCAGAUCUUUGCAGAUGAGGUGCUUGGUUCAGGCCAGUUUGGUAUCGUUUACGGAGGAAAACAUAGAAAGACUGGAAGGGAUGUGGCUAUUAAAGUAAUUGAUAAGAUGCGAUUUCCUACAAAACAGGAAAGUCAACUCCGUAAUGAAGUGGCUAUUUUACAGAACUUGCACCAUCCUGGGAUUGUAAACCUGGAAUGUAUGUUUGAAACCCCAGAACGAGUUUUUGUAGUAAUGGAAAAGCUGCAUGGAGAUAUGUUGGAAAUGAUUCUGUCCAGUGAGAAAAGUCGACUUCCAGAACGAAUUACCAAAUUCAUGGUGACACAGAUACUUGUUGCUUUGAGGAAUCUACACUUUAAGAAUAUUGUGCACUGUGAUUUAAAACCAGAAAAUGUGCUACUCGCAUCAGCAGAGCCAUUUCCUCAGGUGAAGCUGUGUGACUUUGGUUUUGCACGCAUCAUUGGUGAAAAGUCAUUCAGGAGGUCUGUGGUGGGAACACCAGCAUACUUAGCCCCUGAAGUUCUCAGAAGCAAAGGUUACAACCGUUCUCUAGAUAUGUGGUCAGUGGGAGUCAUUGUCUAUGUGAGCCUCAGUGGCACGUUUCCCUUUAAUGAAGAUGAAGAUAUAAAUGACCAAAUCCAAAAUGCUGCAUUUAUGUACCCACCUAAUCCAUGGAAAGAAAUUUCUGGUGAAGCAAUUGAUUUGAUAAACAACCUACUUCAAGUGAAGAUGAGAAAACGUUACAGUGUGGACAAAUCUCUUAGUCAUCCCUGGCUACAGGACUACCAGACUUGGCUUGACCUUCGAGAAUUUGAAACUCGCAUUGGAGAACGUUACAUUACACAUGAAAGUGAUGAUGCCCGCUGGGAAAUACAUGCAUACACACACAACCUUGAAUACCCAAAGCACUUCAUCAUGGCUCCCAAUCCAGACGAUAUGGAAGAAGAUCCUUAAUUAUCAAUGACCUAAGAACUUUAGUAAGGAAGUAUUUCAUUUUAUGGGCUGAUAUUUUGUUGCACAACUGUUGUUGGAGGUCGUCAUUUGCAAGGAUGCAAAGACAUGAGGAAAUACGAUAAGGAAUCAGUGACACCAAUACUGUAGUUCAUAAUAAGUAGGUACAAGAGUGGAAAGUAAUAAAAACACAUAAUGGAACCAAGAUGAAGCUUUUCAUAAAUUUUAUAGCAUAAGAAAUAACUGGUUUUUGUAUUUUUUCCUAAUCCUUCACUUUAGUACAAUAGUGGCACUUUUAUCUUCCCUUUCCUGUUCUUAUAUUAUUUUCAAAAAAGUACAAAAAGGCAAGCUAGAAUCCAGUUAUUACAUAGCUUGACCAAAUCAUAUGAAAGUUAUAAGGUUGAUUACUGAACAGGUUUGCAUUUAAGUGAUGUCAGGCUGCCAGCAUGCAGUUUUCUGUAAGGAUUUUAAACAUUUGUUUAACUGACCAUACAGGGAUUGAGGGGAUUUUACCAGAUACCUACAAAAGUAGUGCUGGACUUUUUUACCUUUUUCUUUUUUUUUUAGGUCAGUCAAGACUCCAAAACAGUGAUCCCUAACCUUUUUAGAGUUGAAACUCUGAAUAUCCUCUCUACAACGUAAAAAUUAAGUUGUCACCUUCUGUAUGUUACAAAAUAGCCUCCAAGACAAUUUGGGACAACUGACGUUACAAACUGGGAGUAGGAACUGCUGGUCUGAGUGUUGAGUUACUAUGUACAAUACAGAGUCUGGCACAAAUAAUGCCCCCUUUUUAUUACACAAUAAUCUUUUAUUACAAAAUCAUAAGCAUGUAAUUGUGUGACAUAAUAUCACACUCAAGCACACCAUAUGGCAUUUUAGGUGAAAUAUUCAAAUUGCUGUCAUGUAAGACAUUCAUAUGCCCUCAUAUGCCCUACCAGCCACCCUCAAUGGUAUUACUUCUGCUGGACCCUGUAUAUCUUCUCAUAGCUCAACUUAUGUUCCCACUAACACCAUUGUGCUGCCCCAGCUGGGUUCCAGCAUUCAAUGGGUGUAGACCUAAACUGUACUUAUACAAUUUAUAUUUAUACAGGGUUGACUAAUCUGAGGGAGGAAAUUAAUAAGGCCAGUGCAGGGUCAGUUAAAACUAUAGGACAGAAUAGCAAAUAGUGUCCUUUUUUCAUCCCUCAGCUUAAUGAAAGGCUUUACAGAUAGGUGGAAUGUUAUUAAUUUUUUAUAAGUAUAUUUUAUUGAUGAUGUUAUUACAGUUGUCCCAUUUUUUUAUCCCCUUUAUCCCCCUCCCCCAUGAAUCUCCCCCCUACCUCCUGCCAUGGAAUGUCUUUAAAUCAGCUAUUUUAAGCACUUUGAGUUGAGCAUGAAACACUUAUAAGGGUAGGGCUAUAUUCUCAGGAGAGCAAAUGACAGACUAAAUACUCGGCAACAUUGCAGCUCCAGUAGCCAGCUAAAGAAAUUGUUUUCUACUCAGAUAUAAUACGUAACUCAAGAGGUUAAACUUUGUCAUACUUUUUUAAAAGUUACUAAUAGUUUCCUCCCCCCAAAGAAGUUUAAUAUCUGGGACUUACAAAAUCUAACCGCUUUUUGUUUAACUUUUUCCCCUCCCAAAAAGAGCAAAAGAUUUGGAAUCAGAAGAUCUGGGUUUAAGUCUUGUAAGUCUUGGCUCCUUUUGCUAGCUUCACAGGUCUGGCCAGGUGACAGUUUGUCUGAGCCUCGAGUUCCUCGAACUGUAAAAUGAAGAUCGUAAUACUUGCCUCUGCCUUUUUCAUUGUUUGAAGAUUAGAUAUAUAUGAACAGAGUCAAUAAACUAAAAACUAUAAAUUUAACUAUUACUGCCCACUGAAUUAGAGGCAGCAAAGAAGAUUGGUCAUAUAUGAACAAAGACUUAGAGCCAUUUGAGAUCUCUGAAGCUACUCCCUUAACCUAGGACUGAAAACAUACUGGAGAGAAUAGCAGGAAACACACAGUGUUCCCUAGUUCUGAGCUCUUUAGUUACCUUAUCCUCACAACUGCCAUGGGCUAUGUGGCAUAAGGAACCCCAUCUCACAGUAAGUGAACUGAGGAACAGGGAGAUAAACUAGCUGCUGAAGGUCACACAGUAUUUGAACCCAAACAGUGUGGCUCUGGAGUCCCUCUGUCUCCAGGAGACAUUCCACGUCUCUCAGUAUUUCAUUCUCAUACAUGAGUUUUACAAGUCUAGUUACUUCUGCAAAACUUUUUAGAAACGUGGUUUCCCUAGGAUAGAAGAUGAUGUCCCCAAAUUUCUGCUAAGUCUGUUUGUAUCAACGUGCUGAAAUGGCGUUAAUUCUGAGUCACUAGGCACUCUGUUUUGGUUUUACUGCAUAAGGUAAAAAUUAACUGGAAUGGUGUUUGUUUGCUAUACUUACACGAGUUAUAAUCAAAUUUUACAAGCCAUGAAGUUAAUUGCACUCUUUCUGUUUUUGUUGUUAAAUGCCUAAGAAGUUUCCUAAAUUCAUAAAGGCACUGUUAGAUAAUUUGGAGUUAAGUAAUGACUCCAGAUACUGUAUAACCUCUGUAACCUUUUUUUUUGGUGUUGAAGCCGUGUUUAUAUAAGAAAUAAUUGUGAGAAACUUUUGAUAAUGUACAAAGUAGUCUAUAAUGACAAUGUUCAGUACAUUUUUAUAUUUUUUGUUACAUCCCACUUUUUGUAAAUACCCUCGAAGAAGCUUAAUAAUAAAAUGUAUUUCCAUAUCA